ACAAGAACUUCCUCUUGCUUGCUGUAACAAGACGAACACAAAAAUUACAAGCAAAGAUAAUCAAAUCUGUGAACGGGAGGGGCGGAGACAUGGGCACCCUCUUCGUCUUCUGGUUAACCCUUUCGGGGACACUCAUCUGACAGCUUUAUGGCGAGCCGCGGUGCCCUGUUGCAGUUUGUAAUUUGCAGAAAUCCUACCAGCACAGAACACAGGGGAAUAGUUUGCUAAUCUCGCCGCCCUUGCUCUGUGACCACGUCGAGGACAGAUAUUUUUUUAGUGGCACUAGCAUUUAAGGUGCCUUUGAUUUUUCCAUGGUUCCUCUUAUUCUAAAAAAAAAAAGUGUUUGCAGCUGGAUUUCUUCGUGCAGGUGUUGAUAUGGAGGGAUCAAGGUGGACCACAACCUCCUCGGCGGCUUCAAAAGAACUCAACAAGUGCUUUUAAAAAAAAAAAAAAAAGGUUUAUUUUUCCAUCAACUCAUUGCAUUAACAUGAACGCGGCGUCAAUACUUGGAGGGGAGGAAAAAAAAGUUUUUAUUUUUUAAUUAUUUUUUAUUAACAGAAAAUUAAUGUUCCUGAAAAAGUCAAUUAGAUAAUAGUAAUAAUAAUAUAUAUAUAUUUUUUUAAAAUGACUUCGGUUUGGAAAAGACUUCAGCGAGUUGGAAAGCGAGCAUCUAAGUUUCAGUUCGUGGCGUCCUACCAAGAACUGGUGGUAGAGUGUACAAAAAAGUGGCAGCCAGACAAGCUGAUUGUUGUGUGGACUCGGAGAAACAGACGCAUCUGCUCCAAGCCUCACGGAUGGCAGCCGGGCAUUAAGAACCCUUAUAGGGGCAUGGUGGUGUGGCCAGUGCCAGAGAACGUGGACAUCACUGUCACGCUGUACAAGGACGCACAUACAGAUGAGUUUGAAGACAAGGACUGGACCUUCGUCAUUGAAAACGAGUCGAAGGGACACCGCAAGGUCCUGGCCUCGGUGGAUGUGAACAUGCGCAAGUACGCCAGCGCCAUGCCCACCCAGACCGACCUCACACUCAGACUCAAGCCGCUGUCUGUCAAGGUGGUGGAGGCCACGCUGAAGCUGUCCUUGUCCUGCGUCUUCCUGAGGGAGGGCAAAGCCACGGAUGAGGACAUGCAGAGUCUGGCCAGUCUGAUGAGCGUGAAGCCAACGGACAUCGGCAACCUGGACGAUUUCGCGGACAGCGACGAGGAAGAGGACAGGAGGGCCUCCGGAGCCACAGCUCACCCCCCUGUCUUUUCUUCGGGGUUCAAGGAGAGACGGCUCUACACGGCUACCUGCCUCCCCCCUCCUCACAGCACUGCUGCUAUCGCCUCUGUGCCUGUGGCCCCUGGGCAUGUGGUCCCUUGCCGUGUGGCCCCUGUGCGUGUAGCCCCUGUGCGUGUGGCCCCUGGGCAUCUUACCCCUUGCCGUGUGGCCCCUGUGGCCCCUGUGCCUGAGGGCCCUGUGCGUGAGGCCCCUGUGCCUGUCAUUGCUUCAGGGUUCAAGGAGAGGAGCCCCCCUCCCAGCGCUGCAGUGCCAGCCCCUGUGCCUGCUUCAGUGCCCCCUCGCCCCUCUGAGUUCACCCCUCUCUCAGUCCCGGGCCCUGUGCCUGUGGCCCCUUGCCGUGUGUCCCGUGUGCGUGAGGCCCCUGUGCCUGUGGCCCCUGUGCCCGACAUUGCUUCAGGGUUCAAGGAGAGGAGCCCCCCUCCCAGCGCUGCAGUGCCAGCCCCUGUGCCUGCUUCAGUGCCCCCUCGCCCCUCUGAGUUCACCCCUCUCUCAGUCCCGGGCCCUGUGCCUGUGGCCCCUUGCCGUGUGUCCCGUGUGCGUGAGGCCCCUGUGCCUGUGGCCCCUGUGACUGACAUUGCUUCAGGGUUCAAGGAGAGGAGCCCCCCUCCCAGCGCUGCAGUGCCUGCCCCUGUGCCUGCUUCAGUGCCCCCUCGCCCCUCUGAGUUCACCCCUCUCUCAGUCCCGGACACUGUGCCUGAGGGCCCUGUACCUGUGGCCCCUGUGUGUGUGACCUCUGGGCAUGUGGCCCCUGUACAUGUGACACCUGUGCGUGAGGUCCCUGUACCUGUGGCCCCUGUGCCUGUCAUUGCUUCAGGGUUCAAGGAGAGGAGCCCCCAUCCCAGCGCUGCAGUGCCCGCUUCAGUGCCCCCUCGCCCCUCUGAGUUCACCCCUCUCUCAGAGACCCAGAGACAGCUGGGCACCCUGCAAGAAGAGGCGGACGAUCUCGGAGACACUGCCUUCAGCUUUCCAAAGAUUAAGGACCAGCAGUCCGGCGGCAGGCUACCAGAAAACCAGAUGAAGCCAACAUCGAAGUCAGCCGUGGAGGCUCAACCCAGAGCUGUGAGCACUGGCAAGCCAGAGGACUUCCUGAGGACAACCAGGGCCGCAGGCAGUGUGAGCAUAUCCAAGCAGAGCGCCGCCCAGCCUGGAGGAGAACGAGGUCUGACACCAGAGGACAGAGCAGCGACAGGCAGAGCAGACAGACAGGCGACCGCCGCUAAAGAAAGCCAAGAAGCCACCCCCCCACUGCCACUUCUCGUGAAGCCUGGAGAUGCCACACCCAAGAUGAAGGCCCCUGCUGCUGCUGCUGCUGCUUCCUCGGGCCCUACUAAGGAGCCCCAGGCGCAGGCAGGGGUGGGCAAGAACCCAUUUGAAGACGAUAUGGAAGAAACCGCGCCAUUGGCCGGCCCCACUGCUACCCCGAAGAAGGGUGCCAAUCAAAAGGAGAGCCUGCAGUCUGGAUCGGGAUUGGUGGGUCUGAAGAAGGAGGAGGGGCCCAUGCGCAAAGUGGAGGCUGCGACAGAGAAAGGGGGCAAGAGAACGGAGAGUUUAGCCAACACUGUGCAGCCAUCUAGACCAGAAGCAGCCUUUGCCCCUGCUGACCCAUCCACACAGCUGCCCAGAUUAGAGGGAGCCCAAAUCUCGGGGAGUGUGGCCCAGUCUGUACCUCCAGCCAAACCAGAGGACAGAGCAGCGACAGACAAAGCAGACAGACAGGUGACCGCCGCUAAAGAAAGCCAAGAAGCCACCCCCCCACUGCCACUUCUCGUGAAGCCUGGAGGUGCCACACCCAAGAUGGAGGCCCCUGCUGCUGCUGCUGCUUCCUCGGGCCCUGCUAAGGAGCCCCAAACCCAGGCAGGGGUGGGCAAGAAACCCUUGGUGGAGGUGAAAGAACCCAUGCCAUUGGCCGCCCCCACUGCCACACCUGAGAAGGGAGCCAAUCAAAAGGAGGAGAGCCUCCAGUCAGGAAGGGGAUUGGAUGGUCUGAAGAAGGGGGAGGGGUCUCCAGCACAGAAGGAGAUGGAGAUGGCUGCAGAGGAGGGGCCCAUGCGCAAAGUGGAGGCUGCGGCAGGGAAAGGGGACAGGGGAACGGAGACUUUAGCCAACACUGUGCAGCCAUCUAGACCAGAAGCAGCUGUUGCCCCUGCUGACCCGUCCACACAGCUGCCCAGAUUAAACGGAGCCCAAAUCUCAGGGAGUGCGGCCAAGUCUGUACCUCCAGCCAAAACGGAGGACAGAGCAGCGACAGACAAAGCAGACAGACAGGCGACCGCCGCUAAAGAAAGCCAAGAAGCCACCCCCCCACUGCCACUUCUCGUGAAGCCUGGAGAUGCCACACCCACGAUGGAGGCCCCUGCUGCUGCUGCUGCUGCUUCCUCGGGCCCUACUAAGGAGCCCCAAGCCCAGGCAUGGGUGGGCAAGAAACCCUUGGUGGAGGUGAAAGAACCCAUGCCAUUGGCCGCCCCCAUUGCCAUACUGAAGACAGGGGCCAAUCAAAAGAAGGAAAGCCUCCAGUCUGGUUCGGGAUUGGAUGGUCUGAAGGUGGAGAGGCCUCCAGCACAGAAGGAGGAGGAGAGGCCUGCAGAGGAGGGGCCCAUGCGCAAAGUGGAGGCUGCGGCAGGGAAAGGGGACAGGGGAACGGAGAGUUUAGCCAACACUGUGCAGCCAUCUAGACCAGAAACAGCCGUUGCCCCUGCUGACCCGUCCACACAGCUGCCCAGAUUAGAGGGAGCCCAAAUCUCAGGGAGUGUGGCCCAGUCUUUACCUCCAGCCAAACCAGUGGACAGAGCAGCGACAGACAAAGCAGACAGACAGGCGACCGCCGCUAAAGAAAGCCAAGAAGCCACCCCCCCACUGCCACUUCUCGUGAAGCCUGGAGAUGCCACACCCACGAUGGAGGCCCCUGCUGCUGCUGCUGCUUCCUCGGGCCCUGCUAAGGAGCCCCAAGCCCAGGCAGUGGUGGGCAAGAAGCCCUUGGUGGAAAUGAAAGAACCCAUGCCAUUGGCUGCCCCCACUGCCACAACUGAGAAGGGGGCCAAUCAAAAGGAGGAGAGCCUGAAGUCAGGAAGGGGAUUGGAGGGUCUGAAGAAGGGUGAGGGGUCUCCAGCAGGGAAGGAGGUGGAGAGGCCUGCAGAGGAGGGGCCCAUGCUCAAAGUGGAGGCUGCGGCAGGGAAAGGGGACAGGGGAACGGAGACUUUAGCCAACACUGUGCCGCCAUCUAGACCAGAAGCAGCCGUUGCCCCUGCUGACCCGUCCACACAGCUGCCCAGAUUAGAGGGAGCCCAAAUCUCAGGGAGUGUGGCCCAGUCUGUACCUCCAGCCAAACCAGAGGACAGAGCAGCGACAGACAAAGCAGACAGACAGGCGACCGCCGCUAAAGAAAGCCAAGAAGCCACCCCCCCACUGCCACUUCUCGUGAAGCCUGGAGAUGCCACACCCACGAUGGAGGCCCCUGCUGCUGCUGCUUCCUCGGGCCCUGCUAAGGAGCCCCAGGCCAAGGCAGGGGUGGGCAAGAAGCCCUUGGUGGAAAUGAAAGAACCCAUGCCAUUGGCUGCCCCCACUGCCACAACUGAGAAGGGGGCCAAUCAAAAGGAGGAGAGCCUCCAGUCAGGAAGGGGAUUGGAGGGUCUGACGAAGGGUGAGGGGUCUUCAGCAGGGAAGGAGGUGGAGAGGCCUGCAGAGGAGGGGCCCAUGCGCAAAGUGGAGGCUGCGGCAGGGAAAGGGGACAGGGGAACGGAGACUUUAGCCAACACUGUGCAGCCAUCUAGACCAGAAGCAGCUGUUGCCCCUGCUGACCCAUCCACACAGCUGCCCAGAUUAGAGGGAGCCCAAAUCUCAGGGAGUGUGGCCCAGUCUGUACCUCCAGCCAAACCAGAGGACAGAGCAGCGACAGACAAAGCAGACAGACAGGCGACCGCCGCUAAAGAAAGCCAAGAAGCCACCCCCCCACUGACACUUCUCGUGAAGCCUGGAGAUGCCACACCCACGAUGGAGGCCCCUGCUGCUGCUGCUGCUUCCUCGGACCCUGCUAAGGAGCCCCAGGCCCAGGCAGGGGUGGUCAAGAAGCCCUUGGUGGAAAUGAAAGAACCCAUGCCAUUGGCCGCCCCCACUGCCACACCUGAGAAGGGGGCCAAUCAAAAGGAGGAGAGCCUCCAGUCAGGAAGGGGAUUGGAGGGUCUGAAGAAGGGUGAGGGGUCUCCAGCAGGGAAGGAGGUGGAGAGGCCUGCAGAGGAGGGGCCCAUGCGCAAAGUGGAGGCUGCGGCAGGGAAAGGGGACAGGGGAACGGAGAGUUUAGGCAACACUGUGCAGCCAUCUAGACCAGAAGCAGUCGUUGCCCCUGCUGACCCGUCCACACAGCUGCCCAGAUUAAAGAGAGCCCAAAUCUCAGGGAGUGCGUCCCAGUCUGUACCUCCAGCCAAACCAGAGGACAGAGCAGCGACAGACAAAGCAGACAGACAGGCGACCGCCGCUAAAGAAAGCCAAGAAGCCACCCCCCCACUGCCACUUCUCGUGAAGCCUGGAGAUGCCACACCCACGAUGGAGGCCCCUGCUGAUGCUGCUGCUUCCUCGGGCCCUGCUAAGGAGCCCCAAGCCCAGGCAGGGGUGGGCAAGAAGCCCUUGGUGGAAAUGAAAGAACCCAUGCCAUUGGCUGCCACCACUGCCACACCUGAGAAGGGGGCCAAUCAAAAGGAGGAGAGCCUCCAGUCAGGAAGGGGAUUGGAAGGUCUGAAGAAGGGGGAGGGGUCUCCAGCAGGGAAGGAGGUGGAGAGGCCUGCAGAGGAGGGGCCCAUGCGCAAAGUGGAGGCUGCAGCAGGGAAAGGGGACAGGGGUUCCAUUCCACUGCAGAAGGGGGUGCUGAAGCCCAAAGCGGAUCUUCCAGUCCCAGCAAUUCGUCUGAAGAAGAGACUGAGCUUCACCCAAUCAGAGGACAGCACCCCGCCCCGCUCUACAGAGUCAUCCUGCACAGGGAGCCCCGAGACCAAGCGAGCCCACAGCAACGGAGUCCCGGCACCAGCCAGUCAGAGCCCGGCACAGCCCCCCGCAGCCAAUCCCCUCGUAGCACCCAAGCGCACCAAGAAGAAGGUCCCGCCCCCUCCUGUGUCGAUCGCGGAGACCCCAGAGAGAUGGGAGCAGAGUGAGAGGAGCGAGGCCGCAGCAGUGCACCCGAGUCCUCUCCCCAGUCCAGGGCUGGUCAGUUCGAGCCAGUCUCUUCUGGAAUGGUGCCAGGAGGUUACCAAGGGUUACCGUGCUGUACGCAUCACUAACUACACCACAUCCUGGCGCACUGGCAUGGGCUUCUGUGCCAUCCUGCACCACUUCCACCCAGAAAAGAUAGACUAUGAUGCUUUAGACCCCCAGGACAUCAAAAACAACAACAGGAAGGCCUUCAACGGCUUUGAAAGCCUGGGGAUUUCCCGUCUCCUGGAGCCCGCCGACAUGGUCCUUCUGUCGGUGCCGGACAAGCUGAUAGUCAUGACCUACCUGUGCCAGAUCCGCGCCCACUUCACAGGCCAGGAGCUCAACGUGAUUCAGAUCGAACACAACAGCAGCCAGAGCACUUACAAGGUGGGAAGCUUCGACACAGACACCCACUGCUCCGUUGAGCCAGCCCAGUUCUACGCCGACCGCAUCCAGGCUUCGGGGCUCAAACCCCGGCCCGAAGAGCCCAAGACCUUCCGAGGGGCCGUGGACAAGGAGAGGGAGCUCAACAAGUGCUGUACCCAGGAGGAGAAGGAGAGUCCUGGGGGAAUGCUGGACUCCACUGCAAAGGAUUCUCAACCGGCCUCUAAUGGGAAAGCUAACGGCGCCGAGGUGAAACCGGGGGACUUAGUGCCGCCCCCCCGGACCAAACGGACUCUACUGAAGGUGGAGGGCUUGGAGGAGAGAGUGGAGGGGGAGAGGGAGAGGCUGGGGAGUCAGGGGAGUCAGGGGGGCCCCGUGGCGCCGCCACGCACACACACUGCCGCCAAGUCGGGCUUCUCUCACGUGAGAGAUGCGGACCUGGUGAAGAAGCGGCGGUCUCGUCUGAAGAGCGACUCGCAGUCCAUGGACGAGUCCGAGGUCACGGAAUCCAGCCCCCAGGGGAGAACUGAGACCCCCCUUUCUGAAGCUGGAUCAGCGUCACCUGUGAGACGGCAGAGCCAGGAGACAGAGGGAGAAGGGAAGGCUCCAAAACCAGCCGCAGCAGAGCAGAGGAGAGACAUCGCUGAGGAACACAAGCAGGCAGACGAGGAGUACCUGAAGCUGAAAGACACCAGUCAGUACGUGCUGAGCGAACUGCAAGCAUUGGAGAACGAACAGAAACAUAUUGACAGCAGAGCCAGCGUUGUAGAGAGGAAACUGAGAGAGACCAUGGGCUCAGGUACGAACAGGCUGGAGGAAGAGGAUCUGAUCCAGGAGUGGUUCAUUCUGGUGAACAAGAAAAACGCUCUGAUCAGGAGGCAGGACCACCUGCAGCUUCUUGAGGAAGAGCAGGACCUGGAGCGCAGGUUCGAGCUGCUGAACCGGGAGCUGCGAGCCAUGAUGGGAAUCGAAGACUGGAUGAAGACGGAGGCCCAGCAGCACAGAGAGCAGCUGCUGCUGCAGGAACUCAUCUCCCUGGUGAACAAGCGUGACGAGCUGGUGCGAGACAUGGACGCCCGGGAGAGAGGGGCUCUGGAGGAAGACGAGCGGCUGGAGAGAGGAUUGGAGCAGAGGAGGAGGAAGUACAGCCGGAAAGAGAAGUGUGUGAUCCAGUGAGAGGGGAGGGGUCUGGGUCAGUUCAGAACCAGGGCUUCUCAACACCACCCUGCAGGACCGCACACCCCCUGUGAGCGUGUGUGCGUGUGUGUGUGUGUGUGUGUGUGUGUGUGUGUGUGUGUGUGUUUUCAUAAGAAGUGCCUUGACUGUGAGCUUUGUUUUUAGGUUUUUUUCUUUUAAAUAUUGUAUUUGUAACCCUGAAACACGGCUGUAUGAGACAGAGCAACACAGGAGACACAGUGAAGCCAUCCCCAAAUCCACACCAGCAACAUCAAACUUUACUGUCUCAACACAAGAAUCCUGCCAACGUCUUGCGUGUUUGUUGUUUUUAGGAUUUAUUUUCAUUUUUAUUUAUUCUGUUUCGUCACGUUUGCGUUAAAAGGUACUGCCUGUAAAUCCUACAAGUGGCGUGCGAAAAUGAAAUAUUUGCUAUGGAGGUUGUGUUGUUGGCUCACCUGUGCUCAUUUUGAGGUUAGUUUUACAUCCAUAUAUUAAAUUCAACUUUAAUCAAUAUCAUCUUUUCAUAUUUACUGAGGUUGUUUAAAGACACACUCACAUAAAAAAACAGAUGCAAAAUAGGACCUAAGAAAUGGAUAGGAUUUGACACAAAUGCAAAAAAUAAGAGUCAAUAGAAAAGUUCAUUAAUGCAAAUGGCCCCCCAAUAUAUUAGUAGUUCCAUUAAAGGUGAAACCACUUCCAUAGCAAAUAUUUCCAUCUAGAUCCUUUUAUUGUCAACUUCGAGUUGUCAAUUACUGUUUGUUAUUGUCAGUUUGAAUUGCCAAAAGAAAUGCUCAGGCCUAAUGCAAAGGCAGGCUACAGUUUGAACCUCUGAUGUUCAAUGAAUUAUUUCAGUGUAGAAACACAACCCCCUUCUCUCCAGUACCUGGAGAUGCUGGGCUGUGGUACGAAAUCCACUCACUGUGCAAGGCAGCCCAUGCGUGUCUCUGGAGAGCACUGUCCACUCACUGUGCGUGGCAGCCCAUGCGUGUCUCUGGAGAGCACUGUCCACUCACUGUGCGAGGCAGCCCAUGUGUGUCUCUGGAGAGCACUGUCCACUCACUGUGCGAGGCAGCCCAUGCGUGUCUCUGGAGAGCACUGUCCACUCACUGUGCGAGGCAGCCCAUGCGUGUCUCUGGAGAGCACUGUCCACUCACUGUGCGAUGCAGCCCAUGCGUGUCUCUGGAGAGCACUGUCCACUCACUGUGCGAGGCAGCCCAUGCGUGUCUCUGGAGAGCACUGUCCACUCACUGUGCGAGGCAGCCCAUGCGUGUCUCUGGAGAGCACUGUCCACUCACUGUGCGAGGCAGCCCAUGCGUGUCUCUGGAGAGCACUGCACAGAGUUUAUGCAUUAAGUUUUAUUGUAUUGCUACUCCCUGUAUUUGCACUAUAUGUAAUACUUAUGUUUGGGAAUAAAGCCAUUUUGGACACUCCAAAAA